AUGCAGGUUUAUGUUGUGUACAUGGGUGACCGUCCCAGCGCUGAUUUCACUGCAUCAUCCCUUCAUGUUCAUACCACCAUGUUACAACAAGUUGCUGGCAGUGGCAGCAGUGGUGCAUCAGAAUCUAUGCUAAUCCAUAGCUACAAAAGAAGCUUCAAUGGUUUUGCUGCAAGGUUGACAAAAAUUGAGAUGCAAAAAAUGGCUGGCAUGAAAGGAGUUGUGUCAGUGUUCCCUAGUCAAAAGCUGCAUCUCCACACAACAAAAUCAUGGGAUUUCAUAGGUUUUCCCCAAAAUGUUAAGAGAGCUGCAACACUUGAAAGCAACAUCAUUAUUGGAAUGUUUGACACUGGGAUCUGGCCUGAAUCUCAAAGUUUCAGUGACAAAGGAUUUGGUCCACCUCCAGCAAAGUGGAAAGGCACAUGCCAAAAUUUAUCAAAUUUCACUUGCAACAAUAAAAUAAUUGGAGCACGCUACUACCGGAGCAAUGAAACUCUUCUUCCAGGAGAUAUCCUAUCUCCAAGAGAUGCUGAAGGUCAUGGAAGCCAUACAUCGUCGACCGCUGCAGGUGCCUUAGUUAGCGAGGCAAGCUUAUUAGGGUUUGGGUUAGGGACAGCUCGAGGAGGGGUUCCCACAGCUCGUAUUGCUGUCUACAAGAUCUGUUGGGUAGAUGGUUGCAAUAGUGUUGACAUUCUUGCAGCAUUUGAUGAUGCAAUUGCUGAUGGUGUUGAUAUAAUCUCUCUUUCAGUCGGAGGGAGUCCUACAGAUUACUUUCAGGACCCAAUCGCAAUCGGAUCUUUUCAUGCAAUGAAGAAUGGUAUACUCACGUCCACCUCUGCCGGGAAUGCAGGCCCUAAACCUGCUACUGUCUCCAAUUUGGCACCUUGGUUGCUCUCCGUGGCGGCUAGCACCAUCGAUAGACAGUUCGUUACCAAGGUUAAGUUAGGCAAUGGUGAGACUUAUGAGGGAUCAUCUAUAAAUACGGUUGGACUUGAUAAACAAAUGUACCCUGUCAUCUAUGGUGGAGAUGCCCCAAACACCAUAAAAGAAUUCAACUCCUCCGUAUCCAGGUUUUGCAUUAAGGACUCGUUAGACGGUACGAAGGUGAGAGGAAAAAUUGUUCUUUGCGAUAUGUUGACUCGUACAGAAGCAGUAGUAGCUGCAGGAGGAAUUGGUGCUAUAAUGCGGGAUGCACGCGCCACAGAUGUAGCUUUCGAAUCCAUCAUACCAAUUUCUCAUUUGGAUUUGAGUAGUGGAAGUCACGUUGCAGACUACUAUAACUCAACUGGAAACCCAUCAGCAACAAUAUUCAGGAGUAUUGAGACAGGAAAUGAACUUGCUCCAUUUGUAGUUUCCUUCUCCUCAAGGGGGCAUAAUAAUAUAACAAAGGACAUCCUCACACCGGAUAUAGCCGCUCCUGGAGUGCACAUUUUAGCAGCUUGGUCGCAAGGCACUUCAAUUACAGGAGCAGAAGAAGAUAACAGAGUAUUGCCAUACAACAUAAUCUCUGGCACUUCUAUGGCGUGCCCUCACGCAUCUGCGGUUGCAGUCUACAUCAAAACAUUUCACCCACUAUGGUCUCCUGCUGCAAUUAAAUCUGCUUUAAUAACUACAGCUUCUUCCAUGAAUGGCAAAAAUAUUGAUGCAGAGUUUGCAUACGGAGCGGGCCAUAUAAAUCCUCUAAAAGCUGUCGAUCCAGGUUUGGUAUAUGACGCUGGAGAAGUUGAUUACAUCAAGUUUUUGUGCGGGCAAGGAUACAAUACCACGACUUUAAGAUCCAUUACUGGAGAUAGCAGUAGCUGCAACCUAGCAACAAAGACAACUGUUUGGGAUCUAAACUACCCUUCCUUCACAGUUUCUAGCUCUUCUGGACAAUUCGUGACUCGUAUAUUCCAUAGAACAGUCACCAAUGUUGGUUCAGAUGUAUCCACCUACAAAGCAAUCAUCAGUGCUCCAAAAGGGCUGAGCGUCCAAGUGAGUCCUAGUGUCCUAACCUUCAAGUCUCUCGGAGAAAAACAAUCAUUUAUUGUUACAAUUCAGGCGAAUCUUGGUACACCUAUGAUCUCGGGGUCAUUGAUUUGGGAUGAUGGGGUACAUCAAGUGAGGAGCCCCGUCGUUGCAUACAUUCCCUCGAAUUGA